CAGCACCCACCGCGUCCACAUCAGGCAGCUCGGCGUCUACACUCGACGCUAAUCUCAUUAAAGGAUGGAUGACAGAAUGUGAACAGAAGCACGUGAAUUGCAGCCUCCUGAAGGAAUACAUAAAGUCAAACGAUGCUCUCGAUAUCCUUCUCGUUGAUGUCAAAAACAACCGAAUCGUCAAAGGCCACACAAACCAACGCUAUGUCGCACUCAGCUAUGUCCGCGGCAACGUCAAAAUGCUACAGACGCUUAAGGAGAACUUCAAUACCCUACGUCGUGACACAGCUCUCGAUCCGCAUAAAUCAAAACUUCCAAAGGUGGUCAUAGACGCUAUGAAAUUGGUCUCCUUGCUGGGGGAACGAUAUCUCUGGGUCGAUACUCUGAGUAUUGUGCAAGACGAUAUCAUUCGCAAGAGCGUGAUGAUCAACAACAUAAACCAGAUAUACGGAAAAGCUUUAUUUACGAUUGUUGCCGCCUCAGCUCGCGAUGCAAACACGGCUCUCCAUGGCGUGAAUGCUGGGACUCGUCUGCCAUACGUUGUGGAAGAAACGAUUGACGGGAAACGGUUUCUCUCUCGUCCAGCAAAUUUACGUACUCUUCUCAAUCAGGGCUCGUACGGGACCCGUGCCUGGACGUACACAGAACGACUCCUCUCGCAGCGCUGUCUGAUACUGACGCCGCAUCAAGCGUAUUUUCAGUGCCCGGAGGCUGUGCAUACGGAUGCCAAUGCUAGUAAACCGGAUAUGAUUCACCCUGAGCUGGACAUCCCCAGUGGGUUCCUCAUUUAUGACGAGCUUGUGCGUUCCUUCACUCGCCGCUCACUAUCAAACCCUAUGGAUAAGCUCCCAGCCUUUGCUGGCAUCGCCACAGCUCUCAAGGAAGACUAUAAUUCGAACUUCGUCAACGCUUUGCCUGAAGCUGUUCUCGACGCAGCACUGCUCUGG